UAACCACCCCCGGUGUUACGGGAGGGCGCUGGGCCGCCGCCGCUGCUCGUCCCGUUGUUGCCGUACCACAAAAAGCAAAGCACACCGCGGCGAGGAGGACGGAGCGAUUCCCAAAUCCGCGAGCCCCACCCGAAUCCAAUCCAUCCCCCAAGCCCCGCUCGCCGUUGCCGCCGCCGCCGCCGCGUCGCUCGUGUACGUGUACGUGCGGACGCGGCGUACGGAGCGAGUACGACGACCGACGCGUAGGAAGAGGAUCGUGUGGGGGGCGCCCCUUCCGUGGCGGCGCCGCCGUGCUGCACGGUCUCUGCUCGCGCCGGCGGCCGGACGGGCGUAGCCUGCUUUGCCCUGCCCUGCCCUGCCACCGUUGGGUUCUGGUGCUGCUGGUGGCCGAGCAGAGCGGGGGGCGGCGGAUCGCCGGCGGUCAGUCCGCGGCGACGCCGUGAUCAGGUGAUCGGAGCUCCCUUGGUUGUUUCUCUUCCCCCCGCGCAAAUUUUCUAGCCCCGGCGCGGGCGGGGUGGUGGUGGGCAUUGGCAUUUCGUCCCCCACGAUAGAGACGCGCCGCGUCGGGCGGCACGCGCCCCCCCCCCCCUCUCGAUCUUGCCGCCGCCGCCGCCGCCGCUCGUAAUCCCCGCCUGCUGCCGGAGGGCCUGCAUUUUUUUCUAAUGCGACGCUGCUAGCGAUAGAAAACCCAGUAGCAUGGUAUUGAUCCGAUUGGGGGCACCGUGAGCAUGCUCGCUUGAUCUCCGAUCCGUCGUGUUAAGCACUCAGCGAGGAGGGUGCCCAAACGGCUGGACAACCAACCUGCAAUCGAUCUGCUAAGUCGGCCGGAAUUGAUAAAAGGGUCUCUUCCAAAAUUGCCAUUUGGAACACUAUGGGCUGGUUGACCAAAUUUUUUAGAGGUUCAACCCACAAUAUCUCGGAAGGGCAAUACCACAGCAAACCUACAGAGGAGACAGUAUGGAAUGGACCCUCUAAUUCCGCAGUUGUGACGGAUGCUCAGUCAGAAUUUGACAAUGAAGAUAUCGCCCGUGCAAUAUCACUCUCUCUAUUAGAGGAGGAACAAAGAAAGGCAAAGGCAAUAGAAAAGGAUAUGCAUUUGGAGGAGGACGAACAACUUGCAAGAGCUAUUCAGGAAAGUUUGAAUGUUGAAUCACCCCCUCGAAUUCGUGAAAAUGGCAAUGCCAAUGGUGGGAAUAUGUAUCAACCAAUGCCAUUUAUGUUUUCCUCUGGAUUCAGGACUUGUGCGGGAUGUCAUAGUGAGAUUGGCCAUGGGCGUUUCCUUAGUUGUAUGGGAGCUGUCUGGCAUCCAGAAUGUUUUCGCUGUCAUGCUUGUAGUCAACCAAUAUAUGACUAUGAGUUCUCCAUGUCGGGAAACCAUCCAUACCAUAAAACAUGCUACAAGGAGCGCUUUCACCCAAAAUGUGAUGUCUGCAAGCAAUUUAUUCCUACAAAUAUGAAUGGCCUUAUUGAAUAUAGAGCACAUCCUUUCUGGUUACAAAAGUACUGCCCAUCACAUGAGGUGGAUGGUACUCCAAGAUGCUGUAGUUGUGAAAGAAUGGAGCCAAGGGAAUCAAGAUAUGUAUUGCUGGAGGACGGUCGUAAACUCUGCCUGGAGUGCCUUGAUUCUGCAGUUAUGGAUACAAGCGAGUGCCAGCCUCUUUAUCUUGAAAUACAAGAAUUUUAUGAAGGCCUGAAUAUGAAAGUGGAACAGCAAGUUCCCUUGCUUCUUGUAGAAAGACAGGCUUUAAAUGAAGCCAUGGAAGGAGAGAAGGCUGGCCAUCACCAUCUUCCAGAAACAAGAGGUUUGUGCUUAUCAGAAGAGCAAACUGUCAGCACGAUUUUGAGGAGACCAAGAAUGGCUGGAAAUAAAGUUAUGGAAAUGAUAACGGAGCCAUAUAGGUUGACUCGGAGGUGUGAAGUGACUGCAAUUCUCAUUCUUUAUGGUCUCCCAAGAUUGUUGACAGGUUCAAUUUUAGCUCAUGAAAUGAUGCACGCGUGGUUGCGACUUAAAGGAUAUCGCACACUUAGCCCAGACGUAGAAGAGGGCAUAUGCCAAGUUCUUGCUCACAUGUGGAUUGAGUCAGAGAUCAUGGCAGGCUCAGGCAGUAAUGGUGCUUCAACAUCCUCAUCCUCAUCGUCAUCAGCAUCCACAUCAUCGAAAAAGGGGGGAAGAUCUCAAUUUGAGCGAAAGCUUGGUGAUUUUUUCAAGCACCAGAUUGAGUCGGAUACCUCUAUGGCCUAUGGAGACGGUUUUAGAGCUGGCAACCGAGCUGUUCUUCAGUAUGGUCUAAAGCGCACCCUUGAGCAUAUCCGGUUAACGGGGACUUUCCCAUUUUGAUAUCCCAUAGAUUCUCGUCUUUUGAUGGAGGUUAUACACGAUUGUUCAUUGAGUGUCCAUUUACACGAAAAGAAAGCAGUUUUGAGAUGUGCAAUUGUACAAACAAUCUUUUCAGUUACUUUUGGAAGGGCUAACUAGCGAUAUUGAUUUAAUUGGGAUGGUUGGCCCGACCAAUCACACGUGUACGGCAUUCCGAAAUAUUAAUGGAAACACUAGUAUUUUUAUGUGACA